AUGAACUUUGAAGACGUCGAAGAACGCGAUGGAUUGCGUCUGUCGUGGAAUGCAUGGCCGUCGUCGCGUAUCGAGGCUACACGCACAGUAGUUCCUAUUGCGGCGCUAUACACUCCUCUCAAGCAGCGCGAAGAUCUCCCCCCAGUCCUCUACGAGCCCGUGACGUGUAAGCCACCGUGUCGGGCAGUCUUAAACCCGUAUUGCCAAAUUGACGUCCGGGCAAAACUCUGGAUAUGCCCAUUCUGCUUGACGAGAAAUUCGUUCCCGGCGCAUUACAAGGAUAUUUCGCAAGCUAAUCUACCCGCUGAGCUCUAUCCAAAAUAUACGACCAUCGAAUACACGCUCGCGCGUGCAGCGCAGACGCCACCUAUUUUCCUCUACGUAGUCGAUACAUGCCUUGAUCCCGACGAACUCAAGGCACUGCGCGAGACCCUCGUAGUCAGCCUGUCGCUCCUUCCACCGUAUGCCUUGGUGGGAUUGAUCACCUAUGGAACCAUGGCCUCGCUGCACGAGCUAGGCUACGAUGUGUGCAGCAAGGCCUACGUCUUCCGUGGAUCCAAAGAAUACACUACAAAGCAAAUCCAAGACAUGCUCGGUCUCGCUGGCGGGAGCAGAGCGGUCGUCCCUCCAAGACCCGGUGCACCAGGACAACCACAGGCAUAUGGCGCCGCCCGCUUCCUCCUCCCAGUCUCUCAAGUUGAAUUCCAACUCACCUCCAUCCUCGAAAAUCUCCAGCGUGACCCAUGGCCAGUCGCGAGUGAUAAGCGAGCGUUGCGUUGCACGGGCGUUGCUCUCAAUGUCGCGAUCAGUCUGCUUGAAUCCAGCUUUGCCAAUACAGGUGCGAGGAUCAUGCUCUUUGCAGGUGGUCCAGCGACAGAGGGACCUGGUCUCGUUGUGUCAAACGAGUUGAAGGAGCCCAUUCGAAGUCACCACGAUAUUGAUCGCGACACAGUCAAACACUACAAGCGGGCGAUCAAGUACUACGAAGGACUCGCGAAACGAGCGUCCAAUGCCGGACAUGCCGUUGAUCUCCUCGCGGGAUGCUUGGAUCAACUUUUCGACGGCCAUCUUCAAGCAAAGCUUCCUCCGCCUCUUCAACAAGGACGCUCAAGGCAACCUCGAGAUGGGCUUCAACGCAACGUUCGACGUGCAAACAACCAAGAGCUCAAGAUUUCCGGCCUGAUCGGACACGCCAUCUCUGCCAAUAAGAAGAGUGGUUGUGUGGGCGAGACGGAAAUUGGUAUCGGGGGUACCUCUGCGUGGAAAGUCGCCGCCCUAUCUCCUCGCACAUCCCUCGGCGUCUACUUUGAGGUCGUUGCAGGAUCUUCUGGUGCUUCACAGCCCGUGGCGCCAAACGCGCGUGGUCUGAUCCAGUUCGUCACGCAUUAUCAACAUAGCUCUGGUCAGUUCCGACUGCGAGUUACGACAGUGGCGCGCAACUUUGCGGACACGGGGUCGCCGCAACUCGGCAUGCUAUUUGACCAAGAGGCGGCUGCGGUGCUCAUGGCGCGUAUCGCCGUUUUCAAGGCGGAGAUGGACGAUAGUCCCGACGUGCUUAGGUGGUUGGAUCGCAUGCUCAUCCGACUCUGCCAAAAGUUUGCCGAGUACAGAAAGGAGGACCCGAGCAGCUUCCGACUCACAGACAAGUUUAGCAUCUACCCCCAAUUCAUGUUCCACUUGCGCCGAAGUCAGUUCUUACAAGUGUUUAACAACAGUCCCGACGAGACUGCGUUCUAUCGUCAUACGCUAAACGAAGAGGAUGUGAACAACUCACUCAUCAUGAUCCAACCUACUCUGAUGUCGUAUUCGCUCGACGCACCUCCAGAGCCCGUACUCUUGGACAGCGUCUCUAUUAAGCCCGAUGUCAUUCUCUUGUUGGACACCUUCUUCCACAUUCUCAUUUUCCACGGCACGACGAUUGCCGAAUGGCGAAAAGCGGGCUAUGCUGAACAAGAGGGAUACGAAAAUAUCAAAGCCCUCCUUGAAGCACCGCAGACAGACGCGCAAGACUUGCUUGUGGACCGUUUGCCGAUUCCACGAUACAUUGUCUGCGAUCAAGGUGGCUCCCAGGCCCGUUUCCUCCUCUCAAAACUCAACCCGUCAACGACACACGUUAACAUGUAUGGUGGACCUGGUACCGGUGCGGCCGGUCAAGCCAUCUUUACAGACGACGUCAGCCUCCAAGUGUUCAUGGAAUAUUUGAAGCGUCUGGCUGUUGGAGCUCAGACGACUUGA